UUGAAGUGAUAUAUCUCAUAGAAGAAAGCACCGAGAAAUUUCUUGAAUAGUUGUACUAGCAUUGCUAGGAGAGCAUAAAUAAGGUGCUUCUAAGAUCCACCAUUAAUUAAUAUUUGCUUUGAACAAUGAUUCUGCAACUCACAAUAUUUCACAUCAUUUCUUUCAUAAUAUCUCCCAUAUCUCCUCCACUAGCAUCAGCACAGGAUAUAUAUGGAACCGCAGCACUACAUGGUUGUAAUUCAAUAUGUGGAGCGGUCUUAAUCCCUUUCCCGUUCGGAAUGAAUAAACCUCAUUGCUAUGCACACAAAUGGUUUGAAAUAGAAUGUAAAGUGGACAACAAAACUUCUUCUCCAUUUCCUAAGCCUUACAUUAAGUUGUUAAAUCUUGAGGCAACAUAUUUUUACGAGCAAUCGAGCAUGGUUGAGAUUAUGAAUCCAGUUUACCGUUCCGAUUGUCAUAAAAGCAAAAAUAGUGGCAACAGUGACAAAACCGUUACUCUUAAACACAGUCCUUUCAGAUUUUCACAGGCUUAUAACACGUUUCUAGCUGUGGGAUGUAACAAUCUUGCUUUUCUACAGUCAAAUGGGACAACUGUUGGUGGUUGUGUAUCAAUUUGUGAUGACAAUAACAACAGUAACAAUUUCAAUUUCAGUAGUGACGGUUGUAAUGGAUGGUAUUGUUGUAAGACCUCAUUGCCUUCGCGUCUUUCUGAGUUUAACGCAACAGUAAGAGGUUUAAGGGAACAGAGUAAUGAUGGGUGUGGUUAUGCUUUGAUUGCAAGUGAUUACUGGGUAACAUUAGAUAGUUCCUAUAUGAGCACGGAUGAGAUUGGGAGAUUGAAUGAAUUGAAGUAUAAGGAAUAUGCUCCUGCAGUGCUUGAGUGGGAGAUUAAAAAUUAUAUGUUAAUAAAUUCGACAUUUCAACUACCUCCAAAUUGUUAUGACUCCAACGUUACUUCUUUAAGUAACAGAACCACCGGUCGGCAAUGUCAAUGCUCCUACCUUGAUGAACAACAGUAUAGCAAUCCCUACGUUGCUGGAGGCUGCCCAGAAGUUGGAAGGUACAUUGUUGAUAAAAAACAAUCCAAUAAGUGGGUUAUUGUAGGAAUUUCAUCAAGUUUCGGAUCCAUUGGUUUCCUCAUUGGUAUGUGGUUUUUGUACAAAGAAAUAAAACGAAGAAUGAUCAAGAAACGCAAAGAAAAAAUCUUCAAAAGAAACGGUGGUUUGUUGUUGCAAAAAAGAAUGUCUUCAGGAGAAGUAAAUGUUGACAGAACUACUCUAUUCACUUUAAAGGAUUUAAAGAAAGCCACUGACAAUUUCAAUAAGGAUAGAGUUCUCGGAAAGGGAGGCCAAGGCACCGUUUACAAAGGCAUGUUGGUGGAUGGUAAAAUUGUUGCAGUGAAAAAGUUUAAGGUUGAAGGAAAUGUUGAAGAGUUCAUCAAUGAGUUUGUGAUUCUUUCACAAAUCAACAAUAGAAAUAUUGUCAAACUAUUGGGAUGUUGUUUGGAGACAGAAAUUCCGUUGCUUGUUUAUGAAUUCAUUCCCAAUGGUAACCUUUUUGAGUAUCUACACGACCAAAAUGAGGACAUUCCAAUGACAUGGGACAUGCGUUUGAGAAUUGCCACUGAAGUUGGUGGAGCUUUAUUUUAUUUGCACUCAGUUGCAUCUCAACCAAUUUAUCAUAGAGACGUCAAAUCAACAAAUAUACUAUUAGAUGAAAAGUAUAGGGCAAAAUUAGCUGAUUUUGGUGCAUCAAGAAUAAUUUCAAUUGAAGCAACUCACCUUACCACAAUGGUUCAAGGUACUUUUGGAUACUUAGAUCCUGAAUAUUUUCACACUAGUCAAUUUACUGAGAAAAGUGAUGUGUACAGCUUUGGAGUAGUUCUCGCUGAACUUUUAACUGGUAAGAAGCCAAUAUCCUCUGCAGAAAAAUCUAAGGAAUCACAAAGUUUAGCUUCCUAUUUUGUUCAGUGUAUGGAGGAGAAUAUGUUGUUUGACGUAAUUGACAAAAGGAUCACAGAAGGAGGGGAGAAAGAACAUAUCAUUGUAGUUGCAAAUCUUGCAUUUAGAUGCUUAGAAAUGAAUGGAAGAAAACGACCAACGAUGAAAGAAGUAACAUUGGAAUUAGAAGGGAUCAUGGGAUUGAAUAAGAAGCUUAAUGCACAGCAAAAUCACGAGGAAAUUGAGUUUUCUGGAAUUGAACAGUACCAACAUUACGAUGGGUUUUCUACAUCAAAUUCAUUACCAAUUGACAGCAGCCAAACACACUCCACAGACUCGGAGGUUAUGCAUAUUCUUGCAUUAGAAUAGUUGAUUUUGAAAAUUGCUUUUCAUUGUCAUUGAGUAAUGUAUUAUUUUAUUAUAAACAAAAGUUUGGCUUAAGAUAAUGAAUUGUAUUGGAUGUAUUUAGUAAGGAUACUCUGGAGUGCUCCAACAUGUUAUCCUGUAAGAUGUUGUCAAGUUGUGUGCCCGGUUCAAAGUAUUGAUGAGUUUAUUUGA